AACAUUGCAGCAGAGGCACAGAAGGAGACUGUGAAGAGCUGGGAAAUACACAUACACACUAGCAUACACACGACAACAGAACCAGAACACCCUCCUCUGGACACACCCUACUGGGGAUCACUGCUUCUCUUUUUUUUUAUUUCCGAACCAUCGCCCACGCCGCACAGGGAGAAAUCUCUCUCAUCCUCAUCAUCAUCCUGAAGAAAAUCCCUUUCUCCUCAUUUUCACUCUAUUUGAGGACACCUACAAUCACACGGGCUGAGAAUCCCUGAAGACAAGGUUCUUUUUUCCUUUUUCUUUUUUUUUCUUUUCAUUUCGGAAAUCGACGUGUUUAUUCAAGCCAUACGUUAAAAAGACCAGAGUAAACCCUCCAGCAAGCUCGAAGAAGACCUGCACAUCGAAGGAGCUAGAUCACUAUCACCUUUGUACAAGAAUGGUUACUAUAAUCAGCACCAUGGAAACUCAGGUGUCCAACGGUCCGAGCGGAACCAGCAUGCCUAACGGCCCGGUCAUCAGCACCAACGGUGCCACAGACGACAGCAAGACCAACCUGAUCGUCAACUACCUGCCUCAGAAUAUGACCCAGGAGGAGUUCAAGAGCCUGUUUGGCAGCAUCGGAGAGAUUGAGUCCUGCAAGCUGGUCAGAGACAAAAUCACAGGUCAGAGCUUGGGCUAUGGCUUUGUAAACUAUGUUGACCCUAACGAUGCCGACAAGGCCAUCAACACGCUCAACGGUCUCAAACUGCAGACAAAAACAAUCAAGGUGUCCUACGCCAGACCCAGUUCAGCCUCCAUCCGUGACGCUAACCUCUACGUGAGCGGGCUACCUAAGACCAUGAGCCAGAAGGACAUGGAGCAGCUGUUCUCCCAGUAUGGCCGUAUCAUCACCUCCCGCAUCCUGGUGGACCAGGUCACAGGCAUAUCACGAGGAGUGGGCUUCAUACGCUUUGACAAGAGAAACGAGGCCGAGGAGGCCAUCAAAGGCCUAAAUGGCCAGAAGCCUCUGGGUGCUGCCGAACCAAUCACUGUCAAGUUUGCCAACAACCCAAGCCAGAAGACAGGCCAGGCGCUGCUCACUCAGCUCUACCAGACUGCCGCCCGUCGUUAUACAGGGCCCCUGCACCACCAGACUCAGCGGUUCAGACUCGACAAUUUACUAAACGCCACCUACGGAGUCAAGAGUUGUCCAUCUCUCUUCCCCAGGUUCUCCCCCAUCACCAUUGACAGCAUGACCACACUGGCGGGUGUAAACUUGACGGGCCCCACUGGCGCUGGCUGGUGCAUCUUUGUCUACAACCUUUCUCCUGAGGCUGAUGAGAGCGUCCUGUGGCAGCUGUUUGGGCCAUUUGGUGCUGUCACCAAUGUCAAGGUCAUCCGCGACUUCACUACCAACAAAUGCAAGGGCUUUGGCUUUGUCACCAUGACCAACUAUGAUGAGGCGGCUAUGGCCAUUGCCAGCCUUAAUGGCUACCGCCUUGGUGACCGUGUGCUGCAGGUCUCCUUCAAGACCAGCAAGCAGCACAAGGCUUAAGGAGAGGUGUGGCCUGGCCGUUUCCACCCCUUUUAACCCAAAGGGGGAGGGGGCACUAAGCUUCCCCGCACAUUCACUCUACAUGGGCCUGGACUGAGUCUCUCUUUGACACACAUUUAUCACACACAUUACACGCACAUAUACAACACACAUGCACACACACACACACAUUUAGCCAGAGUCUCCAAAAAUGACAAACACACAAGUUUUUUUGGUUUCUCUUCACAUGACAUGCGAAUCCUUCCCUACAUUUGCCUGGAUUGAAUUAGUAGAAGUGGGUACUUGGUGAGUGGGAGGGAUUGUUUUGCAAGGGACACAGUUUUAAUGAAUGUGACGCAGAAUGUGUGCUAAGUGCUUCGGUUUAAUUCAGGCAAAUUAGAAGCAUCACUGAACAAAAUU